GGACAAUAACUUUUUCUGAUGCCAAAAACUCGGUCACAAGUCUAGCCUUAUGAGCGGGGGCAUUAUCAUGCAAAAGCCGGAAUAUAAUUAGUUUAAUUAAGAUCGGGCCCAAAUUGUGACCUCUAAAGUGUUAACAAGGUUUUUCUUUGAUUUUACCUGGUAACCUAGUUUUUAACCCCAGAUAACCCAAUGUCAAAUGACGAAGGUUCAUUAAAAUUAGGAUAAAAUUGUGACCUCUGGAGUGUUAACAAGCUUUUUCUUUGAUUUGACCUGGUGAACUUGUUUUUACCCUAGAAGACCCAAUAUCGAACUCAUCCAAGAUUUUAUUUUUGACCAAGUUCCAUUAAGAUUGGCUCAAAAUUGUGACCUCUAGAGUGUUAACAGUCAAAUUGUUGACGACGACAACGACGGAAGACGACGGACACAGGGCGAUCAGAAAAGCUCACCUUUGAGCACUUUGUGCUCAUGUGAGCUAAAAAUUAACAUACCUCAUGGAAUUACUAAAACAACAUUCUCUUUCAUUUCAAAAGUUUCAUCUUACUUAAUAUAAUUCUCCUUAUAGUAUUUAUGUAUCACUGUGACAGAAAUGUUGUGUUUUUUAAAGCGCAUCAACAGACAGCAAAGAAGGAACUAGACCAUCACACGAAAACGUUGAAUAAAGCUAAUGAAAAUAUUCAGCAGCUGACAAGAAGAAAUCAGAAUAUCGAAACAAGACUAGGGAAAAGAGUGGCUUUCACAGUACUCGGUGCGUCUAGACAAAGUAGUGGAAUAUUAAAAUUCUCGCAAGUGCGCCUGAACGAAGGGUCCGUCUUUGAUACAACAACAGGACAGUUCACGAGUCCGUAUGCAGGACUGUACGGAUUUACAGCGAGUAUCAUUGAAAGUGGUAGUGGUGAUAAUAACAUAGUUUGUGACAUGAGAAAGAAUGGUUCCAUUUACGUCUCUAUGGUUUCUCAGCAGGGUAAAAUAGACCACAUACGUGCAACACACGGCUGGGGAACAGCUACAGCAGCAGCUACACAAUAUCUAGGGAAAGGUGACAGUGUAGAUGUCUGGUGUAACAGUGAGACUGGAACUCUCCUUUACUGGUCGUCAUUUAGUGGCUUUCUUAUCAAUCCAGAUCCAUAAACUUAUCAUAUUAUCAUGUAUACAUUUGUAAAUAGAAAACACAAUAACUGCAUAUAGAGGGGUUAUAAUUAGUGUUAUUAUUAUAUGGGGUUCACAUUUAAUAAUUCCAGUAAAGUGUCAUUUUACAACUUGAAUACGAAAUGACGUAGCUAUUUGAUUCAUAUUAAUUGUAAUUCAAAUUAUAUUUCAUUGAAAAAAUAAGCUCCUUAAUUAUUAAAUUAUGCAGUCCAAUAUUUUAUAUUCUAAACUCUGUGUUUAAAAUCAUUUUCUUGGAAGUGUUUUAUACAGGUCAUAGCGUUUAAAAUUAUGCAAAAUUAAACGAGGAAACGCAUUCAGGAAAUCUGAAUUUCUAGCAGAAUUUAUUAAGAAACGGAUGUAGAACACGGGAAGUAACUCUUGUUCGAAAAAUGGACGUGUAAUAACCUGUGGAGUCGCAAUAAAAAUGAAUGUUUUUGAAAAUAUCUACAAAUUUAUUAGGAAAAAAAAAUAAUAUGAAACGUUCGGGACUUGCUGCUUAAAUGAGACUGGAUUUGUUCAAAUUGAAUGUAUUUCUGGUUUCAAAUAUUCUAAAACAUUUCAAUCUAAAGUUGAUACGCCCUCCAAAUGGAAAAGUACAAAUUAUGUGAAUUAAUUAAAAAAAAAAAAAAAAAAAAAAAAAGGCAUUUUCAAUGAAAAUAAAUUCUUCUUUUGUUUAUAUAUGAUCCGAAGUCGAGUUUCGCCUUACAUUGUAAAGCACGUUAGGUUUAACGGGAUAUUAAACUUGUGAUCGCAUUUUUUUUUCAAAUGACAAUACCGGUAUCAUUCAGUAUUUACAUUGUUGUUUAAAUUCAUAUUGUGUGCAAAUAUGAAUUAACGUGACAUGCAUUACGUCAAAACUUUAACUGCAAAAGUGAUGUAAAUAUUGAAAUAUAAUGACAACAAUAUAGCGAUAAUACACAUUUUUUGUGUAUUAACGUCUGCAGAAGCCCGCGGGAUUAUUUGUUCUUGGAAACGGAAAACAUCUUUCAAAUAUCCGUAUCCAGGGCCCAGAAAUAAACAACACUAUCAAAAGCACAUCCUGAAGGUUUUUAAACGAUUAUUUUAUCUCUCGUUAUUACAAACAUAAAAUUACCAAUAAUUGUUCAUAUCAUUUCACACUUUGCUGAACUCGAUCACAAUUUCAAGAAUAAUUACUUUACAUACAUUCGAGUUAUACUGAGUACGGACACAAUUUGAGUACAGAUGAGUACGAACGUAGUGUCAAGCUUCCAAGCUGUUUAUAUAAAUUCUUCGAAAAAUUAAAUAAAAACAUACCGACUGAUACUUACCAAAAUCAUAAAUAUGAUUCCUAAAAACAAAGGAUCGCACAGGUAAGCACGCUAUUCUUUAACAUUCACGGUUGUGUACAAAAUCUGAAUGGACGCUGAGUUCUAAAAGGGGAGUAAGCAAGGGAGGGAACGAGUACGAACAUUGUUGGGGGCAGCGCAUUUGGCGUUAGUUACUGAUACAGUAAAACAUUCUACGGUUUAGAUUGCAUUUUAAUGCUUCAAGAAAAGGUUUUCAUAAAAGAAACAAGACGCAGAUACCAGAUAUCAAUCUGCGCAGAAAUACAUAUACGUCCCUGGGAAAGCAUUUCAAAAAUAAAAAUCGGGUAUUAACAGCGCGUGAAUUGCUUUGUUUGCACACGAUUUUUCUCCCGUUAAUACAUGGGCGGAUCCAGUGAAAAAAGUAGUUUUUAUGCAAAAAUAGGGGGACAUACUUUUUUGAAAGCGACAAACUACCAAGCGAAUAGAUGACCCAUUUCGUAUUUCAUAAAAAAGGAAUGGUUUAUUUUUGGGGUUUAUUUUUCUCUCAUAUCUUUUUUUCUUUUUUUGUAGAAUUUAUGUUCAAUGUCUGUUAUGCCUUAUUCCAAUCAAAACAUAAAAUCUGUUAUUUUAUUUAGUUCACUCGGACAUCAACGGACAGAUUUCUAAUGUUGGUAAAACUUGCAACAUGUGGUCCAACCUUUUUGUAUUAACACACUAUUGCAAAUUUACCGAAUAUAUUUAUUUCAUUUAGUCCACUUGAACAUUAACGGAAAGAUUUCUAAUGUUGGUAAAACUUGUGGUCCAGCCCUUUUGUAUUAACACACUAUUGCAAAUUUACCUAAUAUAUUUAUAUAUUGAUGUACAGUAGUAUUAUAUAUGUCUUGCUGUUUCGCUGUUGUAUACAUAUAUGUAUAUUCAUGUCUUGAUGAACAUUUACUGUAAAUACGACCUGUUUGAUAUUAACAUUAAAUAUGAUCAAACUAAAAACAUAAACAUUUUUAGGAAACAUGUCUUUAGAAAUCUUUCAACUAACUUUCUCGGAAUCCAUUUUAAGAAAAAACAAAAUAAAGAUUAUUAAUGGGCCAGACUUUCAUACUUUAACUAGUGUUUAUUUUCUAAAUGAUAAACUGAUAAAAACAGAAAAACUCCGAAUAUUUCAUAUACUAUUAUUGCAUUUUAUAUAAAUAUGCUAUCACACGUAAAUGCUAUUCUUACUCUACCAUCUGUAUUCUUACUCUACCAUCUGUAUUUCUACUCUAUCAUCUGAAUUCUUACUCCACCAUCUCUAUUCUUACGCCACCAUCUCUAUUCUUACUCUACCAUCUGUAUUCUUACUCUACCAUCUGUAUUCUAACUCUGUUGUCUGUAUUCCUAUUUUACCGUCUGUAUUCCAACUCUACUGUCUGAAUUCUUACUCUACCAUCUGUAUUCCUACUCUACCAUCUGUAUUCCUACUCUAUCAUCCGUAUUCUUACUCUACCAUUUGAAUCCUUACUCUACCAUCUGUAUUCUUACUCUAACAUCUGUAUUCCUACUCUAUGAUCUGUAUUCUUCCUCUACCAUUUGAAUUCUUACUCUACCAUCUGUAUUCCUAUCCUACCAUCUGUAUUCUUACUCUACCAUCUGUAUUCCUACUUUAUCAUCUGUAUUCUUACUCUACCAUCUGUAUUCUUACUCUACCGUCUGUAUUCCUAUUUUACCGUCUGUAUUCAUACUCUACCAUCUGCAUUCUUACUCUACCAUAUGUAUUCCUACUCUACCGUCUGUAUUCUUACUCUACCAUCUGUAUUCCUACUCUACCAUCUGUAUUCCUACUCUACAAUCUGUAUUUCUACUCUACCAUCUGUAUUCCUAUUCUGCCAUCGGUAUUCAUAUCCUACCAGCUGUAUUCUUACUCUACCAUCUGUAUUUCUACUCUACCAUAUGUACAUGUAUUCCUACUGUACCAUCUGUAUUCUUACUCUACCACCUGUAUUACUACUCUACCAUCUGUAUUCCUACUCUACAAUCUGUAUUUCUACUCUACCAUCUGUAUUCCUAUUCUGCCAUCGGUAUUCAUAUCCUACCAGCUGUAUUCUUACUCUACCAUCUGUAUUUCUACUCUACCAUAUGUACAUGUAUUCCUAAUGUACCAUCUGUAUUCUUACUCUACCAUCUGUAUUCCUACUCUAUCAUCUGUAUUCUUACUCCACCAUUUCUAUUCUUACUCUACCAUCUGUAUUCCUACUCUACAAUCUGUAUUCUUACUCUACCAUCUGUAUUCCUACUCUACCACAUGUAUUCUUACUCUACCAUCUGUAUUCUUACUCUACCAUUUGAAUUCUUACUCUGCCAUCUGUAUCCCUACCCUACCAUCUGUAUUCUUACUCUACCAUCUGUAUUCCUACUUUAUCAUCUGUAUUCUUACUCUACCAUCUGUAUUCUUACUCUACCGUCUGUAUUCCUAUUUUACCGUCUGUAUUCUUACUCUACCAUCUGUAUUCCUACUCUACCAUCUGUAUUUCUACUCUACAAUCUGUAUUUCUACUCUACCAUCUGUAUUCCUUUUCUGCCAUCUGUAUUCCUAUCCUACCAGCUGUAUUCUUACUCUACCAUCUGUAUUUCUACUCUACCAUAUGUACAUGUAUUCCUACUCUUCCAUCUGCAUUCUUACUCUACCAUCUCUAUUCCUACUCUACCGUCUGUAUUCUUACUCUACCAUCUGUAUUCCUACUCUAUCCUCUGUAUUCCUACUCUAUCAUCUGUCUUCUUAUUCUACCAUUUGAAUUCUUACUCUACCAUCUGUAUUCUUACUCUACCAUCUGUAUUCCUAUUCUGCCAUCUGUAUUCUUACUCUACCAUUUGAAUUCUUACUCUACCAUCUGUAUUCCUACCCUACCAUCUGUAUUCUUACUCUACCAUCUGUGUUCCUACUUUAUCAUCUGUAUUCUUACUCUACCAUAUGUGUUCUUACUCUACCGUCUGUAUUCCUAUUUUACCGUCUGUAUUCCUACUCUACCGUCUGUAUUCUUACUCUACCGUCUGUAUUCCUACUCUACAAUCUGUAUUUCUACUCUACCAUCUGUAUUCCUAUUCUGCCAUCUGUAUUCAUAUCCUACCAGUUGUAUUCUUACUCUACCAUCUGUAUUUCUACUCUACCAUAUGUACAUGUAUUCCUACUCUACCAUCUGUGUUCUUACUCUACCACCUGUAUUCUUACUCUACCAUCUGUAUUCUUACUCUACCAUUUGAAUUCUUACUCUGCCAUCUGUAUCCCUACCCUACCAUCUGUAUUCUUACUCUACCAUCUGUAUUCUUACUCUACCGUCUGUAUUCCUACUCUACCAUCUGUGUUCUUACUCUACCACCUGUAUUCUUACUCUGCCAUCUGUAUUCUUACUCUACCAUUUGAAUUCUUACUCUGCCAUCUGUAUCCCUACCCUACCAUCUGUAUUCUUACUCUACCAUCUGUAUUCCUACUUUAUCAUCGUAUUCUUACUCUACCAUCUGUAUUCUUACUCUACCGUCUGUAUUCCUAUUUUACCGUCUGUAUUCUUACUCUACCAUCUGUAUUCCUACUUUACCAUCUGUAUUUCUACUCUACAAUCUGUGUUUCUACUCUACCAUCUGUAUUCCUAUUCUGCCAUCUGUAUUCCUAUCCUACCAGCUGUAUUCUUACUCUACCAUCUGUAUUUCUACUCUACCAUAUGUACAUGUAUUCCUACUCUACCAUCUGUAUUCUUACUCUACCAUCUGUAUUCCUACUCUACCGUCUGUAUUCUUACUCUACCAUCUGUAUUCCUACUCUACCCUCUGUAUUCCUACUCUAUCAUCUGUCUUCUUAUUUUACCAUUUGAAUUCUUACUCUACCAUCUGUAUUCUUACUCUACCAUUUGAAUUCUUACUCUGCCAUCUGUAUCCCUACCCUACCAUCUGUAUUCUUACUCUACCAUCUGUAUUCCUACUUUAUCAUCGUAUUCUUACUCUACCAUCUGUAUUCUUACUCUACCGUCUGUAUUCCUAUUUUACCAUCUGUAUUCUUACUCUACCAUCUGUAUUCCUACUUUACCAUCUGUAUUUCUACUCUACAAUCUGUAUUUCUACUCUACCAUCUGUAUUCCUAUUCUGCCAUCUGUAUUCCUAUCCUACCAGCUGUAUUCUUACUCUACCAUCUGUAUUUCUACUCUACCAUAUGUACAUGUAUUCCUACUCUACCAUCUGCAUUCUUACUCUACCAUCUGUAUUCCUACUCUACCGUCUGUAUUCUUACUCUACCAUCUGUAUUCCUACUCUACCCUCUGUAUUCCUACUCUAUCAUCUGUCUUCUUAUUCUACCAUUUGAAUUCUUACUCUACCAUCUGUAUUCUUACUCUACCAUCUGUAUUCUUACUUUACCAUCAGUAUUCCUAUUCUGCCAUCUGUAUUCUUACUCUACCAUUUGAAUUCUUACUCUACCAUCUGUAUUCCUACCCUACCAUCUGUAUUCUUACUCUACCAUCUGUAUUCCUACUUUAUCAUCUGUGUUCUUACUCUACCAUAUGUAUUCUUACUCUACCGUCUGUAUUCCUAUUUUACCGUCUGUAUUCCUACUCUACCGUCUGUAUUCUUACUCUACCAUCUGUAUUCCUACUCUACCAUCUGUAUUCCUACUCUACAAUCUGUAUUUCUACUCUACCAUCUGUAUUCCUAUUCUGCCAUCUGUAUUCCUAUCCUACCAGCUGUAUUCUUACUCUACCAUAUGUACAUGUAUUCCUACUCUACCAUCUAUAUUCUUACUCUAUCAUUUGUAUUUCUACUCUACCAUCUGUUUCCCUACCCUACCAUCUGUAUUCCUACUCUACCCUCUGUAUUGAAUUUGAGAUGAAAACAGAAGUAUUUGCGAGUGUUUUGUAUAUAAUUAUGAACAAAAUGGAGCUUGGUUCUUUACUCAAUCAGACACUUUGAAGUAUUUUAAGAGCCUCCUGUCUCAAUGUACAAAGCCAUUCAAAUCUAGUAAAGCUUAUAUUUCCUGAUAAUAUGUAUAAUUAUAUUUGAAAUGUUGGUUGCUUUUUGUUGUA